GGGAAUCCGCUCGCCAAUUCGCGCACUCCGCCCGCGUCUUAACCCGCCCGUGCUCCGGCUCGUCUGCAUGGGAACAGCCACCCAUCUCCUCGUGCCGCCCUGUCUUGCGCAGCCUGCUCGGGAGAAGCGCACAUCCCGCCUCGGCUUGGGCGAUCGCCUCCGGUGAGCGACCCAGGACCAGCCCCCCGUUGGCCCACCUCCGCCGCCCUUUCUUCCUCCUCCUCCUCCUCCGGCAGAAUAUGCGCGCCUGCCCGCCCGCCGCUGCGCUGCGGAGGAGCAGGUAAGGGCUCCCCGGGAUCGCCGUGGUUGGGAGAUGCCCAGGCAGCUCCUGCACCGUCCCUGUCGAGCUGCCCUUUGUGCGCGGGGGCGCUAGGGGUCCGGCGGCGGCGGGCAACCGGUGCCAUCUAAAGGGGGCGGCGGCAGCAGCAGCAGCAGCAACAGCAGGAGCGUGUGGCCGAUGUUGGUUAGCGGCGUGGCCGCCGCCGGCGGUUCCCGCAGAGACUCAUGAGCAGAGGAGCGACCCUGCAGCGCCGGACCACCUACCUGAUCUCGCUGACCCUUGUCAAGCUCGAGUCGGUGCAGCAGCAAGAAGGCGACGACAAGGCGGGCGCCGGCGAUGGGGGCGUCCUGCCCGACAGCAGGGACGGCGGCCCCGCGCGAGUCUCGUCGCCCUGCGCGGCGGAUCCCUCCGGGCUGAAGGACCGCAAGGAAGCCGAGGAAGCGGCGGCCGCCAAGCUCAAGAGGCAAGAGCGCAUCUUCCACCGGCAGGAUGCGCUCUGGAUCAGCACCAGCAGCGCCAGCACGUCCGACUACCUGCUGCAGCUCUCGCCCAGCAGCCCCGGGACGCCCAGCUCGUCCCCGUCCCCAGAUGGCACUGGGCGGCCGGGCUCCGUGUGGACACCGCCCAGGGGCAGCACCGGCCGAGGAAGCCCGUGGGACCCCAAGGCCAAAGCCGCCAUGAGCCCAGAAGGAAGACCCCUUGCUCCAAAGCCCGAAGGGCUGGGGUCUUUGGGUGCUCCGGUGGUGCCCCCCAAGCCGGCGACAGCUGCACUCUCCAAAUCUGAACCAGCUGUGCCCUUUGUAGCCCCGCCUUUGGCCCCCAAACCUGAACUGGCUGUGGCCUCUGUCGCCCCACCUCUGGCUCCCAAACCUGAGCCGGCUGUUCCUUCUAUAGCCCCGACAGUCCCCCCAAAACCUGAGCUGCCUCCAGCUGUUCUCUUUUCGCCCACCGCUCCGAAGGUUGAGGCUGCCAUUCCUCCAGCUGCAACUGCCAAGCCUGAAGUCACUGUGGUUUCUGCAGCUCCAGCUGUGGCUCCGAAACCCAAAGCCAUUUUGGUCCCUGUUGUUCCCCCCAAGCCAGAGGUGAUUCCAAUCCCCCCCAAGGCUGGGCUGAAGGAGACCUUGGGGGUGCCUGGGGACGAGUCGCCAGUUCCAACGCCCACCACUGCCAGUUGCUCCUCCAGUGCUGCAGCGCCAGGACGCCGCAUGUUGGUGAGCCAUGCCAGCUGGGGUGGCCCGGAGCCUGGGACCCUGGAAAUCAGUGUGGGCCGGGUGGGUGGCUCUUCCUUUUCCCACUCGGGAGCCUCCUCUCCUCACCCAGCUGCUGGGAACCGCCGCCUUCGCCUGGCCACCAAUAAGCCUUUCAAGACAGUGACCACCAGUGGGGCCAAGGUGAGUGCUGAGCCAAAGGCUGGCAAAGGGGGCCACAAGGGGGCCACCCCCAACCGCCUGUCGUGGCCUGAGAGCGAAGUCAAGGGACGCAUGAAGGUAGCUGCCAAGGGCAGUGGGGAGACGGUCCCCAGGGGGGGAUCCCGGGCAAAACUAUCCCCUCACAAGAACAAAAGCAAGACUCUGGACAACAGUGACCUCAACCAUGGCCCGGGCAGUCUGGCCUCUUCUGGCUCCUGCUCCUCAGAGGCAGCCGUAGGGCUGAAGAGAGGCCGGGAGGGUGGUCGGGCCUCUACCCGGGACCGUAAAAUGCUCAAGUUCAUCAGCGGCAUCUUCACCAAGAGCCCGGCAUCCACUCCCACCCACCCUGGACCUGGCUGGAGCCUUAGCCAUAAGGAGCUGCUCAGCGUCGAACUGGCCAAGGGUGAAUUGCCCAAGGCCGUUGCAAACAGCCAAGAAUGGACCCUUGGACGUUCCAUUCCGGAGCUACGACUGGGUAUUCUCGGAACCAUGAAGAGUGGGAAAUCUGCCCUCGUUCAUCGUUACCUGACCGGCUCCUACUUGGGCUUGGAACCUGCAGAGGGGGGCCAGUUCAAGAAGGAAGUGGUGGUGGAUGGGCAGAGCCACCUCCUGCUGAUUCGAGAGGAAGCAGGACCUCCAGAUGCCAAGUUUGCAAACUGGGCAGAUGCUGUCAUCUUUGUCUUCAGCCUGGAGAAUGAGGCCAGUUUUCAAGAUCUGACCCAGUACUACGGGUUCCUCACAAACUACCGCGCGGCCUCCGACAUGGCUCUUGCGCUCGUGGGCACUCAGGAUAAAAUCAGUGCCAGCAACCCACGUGUGAUUGAGGAUUCCCGAGCCAGAGCUCUGUGCGCUGACAUGCGCCGCUGCCUCUACUACGAGACAUGUGCCACUUAUGGACUCAAUGUUGACCGGGUCUUCAAUGAAGUUGCUCAGAAGAUUGUGAAUAUGAAGAAACAGCAGCAGCUCCUGGCAUCUUGUAAAUCUUUGCCCAGCACCCCCAGCCAUUCAGCCGUCUCCACGCCGGCAAGUAACGGUGGCCACACGAGCGACUACUCCUCAUCCCUUCCUUCCACGCCCAACAUCAGCCACCGGGAGCUGCGUGGGGAGGCCACGGCUAUAAUUGGCACACCCAGCUCCCUGCAUCGUGGGACCAAACGUCGAACCAGCCUUUUUGCGAAUCGCAGAGGGAGCGACACCGAGAAGCGGAGCCUGGACAGCAGAGGGGACAACACGGGAAGUGGCCGAGCCAUACCCAUCAAACAGAGUUUCCUGCUGAAACGAAGCGGCAAUUCUCUGAACAAGGAGUGGAAGAAAAAAUAUGUGACUCUCUCCAGCAAUGGGCUUCUCUUCUAUCACCCCAGCAUUAACGACUAUAUCCAUAGCAGCCACGGCAAAGAAAUGGACCUGCUCCGCACCACCGUCAAGGUGCCCGGCAAACGCCCACCCAGAGCCAUCUCUGCCUGUGGCACCUCCUCGAGCAUCAACGGUUUGGUCAAAGACGUGAGCAGCGUAGGAGUCGGGGACACCAGCACUUGCCCCAGUCCAGGUCUGCUGAAUCCUCCUGUCGACCCAGCGAUCAAACUCUUGGGCAAACCUGAGCGCCUGCAGCGAUCUGUGUCCUCUUCCAAGGCUGAGGUAGCCAUGGCUGCAGAAGGGCUCUCCAGCCCGGGCAGCGGUGGCAAAGACCCACCUCCAUCCCCUAUGGUUGACAGAAAGAAGCACAGGAGGAAGAAGCUGUCAACUCCUUCAAAAACAGAGGGGUCUGCAGGGCAGGCAGAAGAGGAGGAGAACUUUGAGUUCAUCAUCGUCUCCAGUACAGGGCAGACAUGGCAUUUCGAAGCCAGCACCAUUGAAGAGAGGGACUCCUGGGUCCAGGCCAUCGAGAGCCAGAUCUUGGCUAGCUUGCAGUGCUGCGAGAGUAGCAAGAACAAGGCUCGCAUGGACAGCCAGAGUGAAGCAGUGGCAAUCCAGGCCAUCCGUAAUGCCAAAGGCAAUUCCUUAUGUGUGGACUGUGGGGCCUUGAACCCAACCUGGGCCAGCCUGAACUUGGGGGCGUUGAUCUGCAUUGAGUGCUCUGGCAUCCACCGGAACCUUGGCACCCACCUCUCCCGGGUCCGCUCCCUUGACUUGGACGACUGGCCGCUGGAGCUCACGCUGGUUCUCACCUCCAUUGGCAACGAAACGGCCAACAGCGUCUGGGAGAAAUGCACGCAAGGACGCCGGAAACCCACUUGUGAGUCGUCACGGGAAGAGCGGGAGUCAUGGAUUCGAGCCAAAUACGAGCAGCGGCUGUUCUUGGCACCACUGCCCUCCUCUGAACUUUCCCUCGGGUUCCAGCUCUUCCAGGCCGUGCUGGACCAGGACCUGGGUGCUGUGCUGCUGUUGCUGGCCCACAGCUCCAAGGAUCAGAUCAACGCCCCCACGGGCGACAAAGACCGGCGCUCGGCACUGCACGUGGCAUGUGACCUGGCGCACGUGGUUAUUACUCAGCUUCUGGUUUGGUACGGGGCUGACGUGAAGGCGUGCGAUGCCACUGGGCACACUGCCCUCUUCUAUGCCCGCCAAUCAGGGAGCCAGGAAUGCACUGACAUCCUCUUGCAACACGGCUGCCCGAACGAAGGCUACAGCAGCAUCGCCACCCCUGGCCUGCGCCGGAAGAGCAGCAGUGCCAGCGUGGGAAGGACCGAGGCCCGAACUGCCCUGGUGUAGCAUCCCAGGGGGAGCCUCUUUCCCUAUCCCAGUGGUGCAACAGGGGUCCAGCAACUGAUGCCUCUUCUCCCUAGGGAGACCCCACACCCCUCUGGCAUCUGGACUACGUGCCAAGGAGCUUGGAUCAUGAGUUUCCGUCUCGCACAGGAUGAGGAGGUGGUGGCCACCCAGAGCUCUGCUCCAAUGGCUCUGCUUGGCGCAGGCUGCCGCCGCCGUCACCCAAACCACCUCAGCGGCUCACGACUCUCCUCCCGACUGCCAGGCCUUGAGCUGCUCUGCUGUUCUCCAGGGCAACAGCUAUCUCUAAAAGCAGGCCGCCAAUGCCUGUGGGGAACAGAGAGAACAAUGCGUCCCAGCGCUCGGAGUGAAGGAUCAGGGCCCAGGAUGGCUUUCUCUUUCCCAGUUACUGGGGACUUUUAGAAAUGGGGAGGGCGGGGGUGGGCAAGUGGUGAGUGGGGUUUUCCUUUUCUUUCUUUCUGUGUUUGUAACAAGCUUUGAAGGUGGAAUGUAAAUCAGUGUUAUUGGAGUGGUCAGCGACCCAGCCUCACCUAACCAACUCUUAAGAGGGCCCAGAAAAGCUUGGCUGUCAGGGAAAAGGUUAAAAAUGGUCCAGCGAGUCUUAUCUUUUGUAAGGCAGUGCGCAGGGGCCUAAGGUUUGAGAGGGGGCCUUCAUGCCAUUUACAGAGGGAGGAAACCCUUUGGCCUUUCCAAAUAGGCCACACACCCUUUCAGUCUUAGCACCUUGAUUCCUUUCCCUCUGGGGAGGGGGUGAGAAGAAGGCACUGCUUCAACCCUUCACCUUUUCUGCCUUUCAACAAGGGGUUUUUUUUGGCCCUAAACCGCCAUGCGCACUCCCCCUCCCCAACCCACCAUGCACCUGCCACUGAUCUGCCCCCUCAACUGCUCUCUGCUCAUCCCUUUCAAAUCACUUUCUGGUUCCUUGGGAGAGGCUUCCGCCUUCAGCCACCAAAACACUUCUUGCCAGCUCAGGCGUGGAUGUUGUUUGCUGUGAAUGCAGCUUACAGCAGCUUCUGUGCUGCUGUGGCCUGCAAAAAGCCAGGAGGGUGUGACAAAAGACACCAAUAGGAAAGCCCAAGCCUUUGCUUUUAAAAUGAGAGUGCUUUUAUAAAGGGUUGUUGAAAACAAAAGGAAAAAAGGCCCUUCCCUCCCUCCCCCUGUCACCCAGAUGCCACCUCCACUUCCUUCUCUGGCUAGACUACUGCUGUUUUAAUUUAUUGCUUCAUAAGACUCUUCCCUCUCUCUGGCUGGGCAGCAUGUCUGGUGCCAGGGUUCGUCGUCCUCCUGUCCCAUCACUGCAGCAGAGGCACCUGUGUGGUUUGCGAUGAGUGGUGUGGCCUCAGGCUUUAUUUCAAAUCUGUGAUGAGGGUCAUGGCAAUGAAUUCCAGGAGGAGGAAGGUGAACAGGCAUUGACUCCCUACAGUGGCUGGCUGCGGCUCACUUCAUAUCCGGGCUGGAGCUAACGAGUGGGCCAGAUGCACAAGCCCACCUCGGCCACAUCACGGAGGCCCCAGGCCUUUCUUUGCCCUUCUGAAUUGGACCACACUCAUGAAUGUAUUGGCGAUUGUGUUGCACGAGGCUUACAGGCCCUGGGUGGAGGUGGAAGGGCCUAUCCUGGUGCCACUGCCUCCUCCCUUGCAGAGUGAUGAAAGCUGGGCCUGGCACAACCAGAUGUUGGGAGGGGCUACCUUGGGCCCCUGCGCUCCUCCUCCCCCUGCCUUGGAGGACCAGAGCCUGUGGUCAUGAGGGGGACAGGUGGGGUAUGGGGGGAUCUUGAAGACUGAAUGUAAUUUAUGCUGUUGGGCAUGGCAGUUCAGCACAAGGUUCUAGGAGAGCCUCUGGUGCAAGCCCUCACAGUGGGAUGGGAUUAUAAUACCUCCUGGAGGGAAAUGUGAGGUUUGGGGGUGGGGGGAGGGGGAUGCAGAAGUGCCAGAGCUGAUAGUAUUGGCCCUGUGCCGCUGUUGUAAUCUCUUGGAUUGUAACUUGUAAGUACGUGACAAUGUAAGAAGAUGUAAUAACAAAGACUGGUUAUUCCUUCUUGUGACUGUGGUCUGGAGUUUGAUUUGCUGCUGGGCGGGGAGCAGUUCUUACUCAGUUUCCUUCCUUCCUAGCAGAGAUUAAAGCAGGAAAUGGUUGUAAGCAGGAAAUGAUGCCUUUUAAGACCACCUUGAAUUGCACAGGUGAGGGAGUAGGAAAGUGUUUGUGGCCAUGAGCAAGAGAGAUUAUCAAGGCUGGGUGUCAAGAGGUUGGUGGAGGACUGGCUGCACAGACACUUCAAUGCUGCUCUCACCUUGCAAGGUCUCAGAAGCAGCGAGCAAGUUCACUCUGCCUGGGGAAGCAAGAA